UAAUAUCUGUAUUUAUUGAACAGGGACGUCAUUCUAGUCCGACUGACAACAACAACAGGAAAAGGAACGAGGAAACGACAUUUGUUUGUGAUUUCUUGUAAAUAAUUUUUCACAUGAAUAAAUUUGCUUAGUGGAAAGAAACGAUAGAAAACAAUGUCCGCACGUAUGCUAAAAAAGCUGCAAGGCGAAGCCGAUAAAUUGGCCCCGCCGCCAGAUGAUGAAUUGGACAAUGAUCACUUAACUGACAAUGAUGAACUGGACACGGUUCGAGGGAAUUCGCAUUUAAAUCCAUUUGAUUUGCUAAAUCAACAAAGUUUGUCCGAGAGCGAAUUUAAAGAGGACGACAAUGAGACCGAGCAUCCAUCGGCAGCGCUGCAAGCAAAUGCCGCUGCCAAAAAGAAGAAGAAGAAACGUAAGAAGAAGACCAAGUCGCAUGGCAAUCACAUAAGCAGCGAAGAUAAUGAACGGCAAGACAAGUACUUGGACCACCUUGAUCCCCUCUACGGCAAACUCCAUGAAGCGACUCCCAACAGCAAACAGUCGCAAAAGACUUCAACGGCAACUGCAGCAGCUUCAAUUCGGAAACUGGCCAGCCAAAAACUGUUGACGGUGGAGCUGAAACAUCUGAAUCAACAGAACGAAAUGCGGCGUACUUUUGGCAAACGUGUCGUCAAAGUCGAAAAUAAACGUGGUCGCCAAAAGCCCUCGCUGAAGUCCACUUACAUAGUAACCGCAAAGGAUUCGUGGCCACCCUUGACCAAGAAUAUUGUCACAAUGAAAUUGCUGCCAUCGCCGGAUACUCCAAGCACAUCCACAAGUCCGAAAAUCCAAAUCAACGACGAGGAGAAUGUUCAAUGGUUUAGCUUUCAGCACAGUCAAUACUAUCAAGGCAUACAGCAUAUGUUUCUUUCGGCACUGGAACGCAUCGACUCCGAGUUUCUGAUCACGCUAAUCAAACGCUGCCCCUACCACGUCGACUCGCUGGUCCAGCUGAGUGAGGUGUGCAAGAUGACGGAAGAUUUUGCGCUUGCAUCCGAGCUGAUUGAGCGUGCGCUGUUACUCUUGGAGUCAUCGCUGCAUAUCAACUUCAGCCUGACAUCGGGAAAUUCUCGCUUGGAUUAUCGUCGACAGGAGAACCGCGCCUUCUUCAUUGUGCUUUUCAAGCAUGCACAAUAUUUGGAGGAACGUGCUUGCUGUCGCACCGCAUUUGAGAUCUCCAAACUGUUGUUGAGUCUGCAGCCAGAUGUUGAUCCGCUGGCCAUGAUUCUGGUCAUCGAUUAUUAUGCAUUGCGUAGCAAACAAUAUGGCUGGCUAGUGGAGUUUUAUGAGCAGUACAAUGCGGCACGCAAUCUCAGUCAGCUGCCCAACAUGGCUUACUCUUAUGCCCUAGCGCUCUACACGCUGCAUGGCAGUUGUGAGCGUGCCAACGAGGCUCUGCAAUACGCGCUCCUGAUGUUCCCGGGCGUACUGCGUCCGCUGCUCGACGAGAUGUCUGUGCAAACGGAUAAACGUGUACUGGCUUCGUCGUAUUUCUUUGCCGACGUGUCUGGCAAUCAAUCACCAGCGCUACAUCAGCUUGUUUGCUUGUAUGUGUGUCGAGCGAAAAUCGUUUAUCGUCAGAAUGAUGUGCUUUCUUGGCUGGAAACGAAUGUGAAUAGCGUUCUGGAUCGCAUUGAUGCCAAGGAUCCGAUUGUCGCUGAUUGCAAAGAGAAGCGUUCGUUACGCUACAGUGGUACACCACCGCGUCCUAUUUUGCGUCAUGUCGUCCUCUCGGACUACAAGGAGAAAGUGCCCUUAGCCGUGUUUGUGGCAAAGGACAAGCAGGCAAUCAUGACUUACGAUCCGCUGCCACCCGCUGACACUGUCAACUGUUAUCAGCGUAAAUCAUCUUCGAGCAGUAGUCCAACUACCAAUACCAACAGUUCUGUAUCCAUGUUUUUCCAAUCGCUCUUGCCGUCAUUCAAUUUGAACAAUAUUGCUGCACAGCAGCAACAACAGCAGCAGCAGCCGCAACAACAACAAGCUGGUGGUGUUGCUGGUGAGGAGAAUAUCGAUGCUGCUGAUAUCGUGGCACAACAACGAAGACUAGCACAAGUGGCCCAAGGCCAAGCAGAAGAAACUGGUCUACAGCAGUCGUUAACUCUGAUGAUGGAUGCGAUGCGUGACUUUCUGCAUAACUUUCGCACAGCUGAAACGUUGAGAGCACCUGAAACAGCCGUUGCCCAUUCGAGUAGCAGCAAUGAUGACGAAGAGGAAGGAUCCAGCGACUAUGUGGAUUAGAGUAGUCCACAGUCCUGGUCUACAAAUAUAUUCAUGCUUAUCACAUAUUAUAUUAUUAUUAAUCCCCUCACAUCUACUUAAAGACGAUAACUUGCACGACAUUUUCUAUCAAGAAAAAAAAAACAAAAAAGGAUAAAAACAGUUUACUAUUUGUAAUUGCAUCCAGGCAUCGCUUCUUGGGCAGCGUCGUCCUUAGAGCAGCGCUCUUCGAGUGUUUUUUAAAAACACAUUGUUGUUUUCCUCUUACGCUUAUUAUAUGCGCCAGUCACAAAAAAUUUGAAUAUUUAAGUAAUGUUUAUUACGCCUGUGUAUUCAACAAAACAAAACCUAUGUAAUGCAUUAAUCAAAUUUCUUGUCAAAGCUUUAGAACAAAAAAAAAGUAAAAUAAAUGCAAUGGUGUCAUUGAAACUGAAA